ACGGUGAAGUAUUCAAGAAGUGACUAAUCGAAGAAGAUAUCAUCAUCAUUUUAUCACGAUUGCAGUGAAAUGUUGAAGGUAUUGGUGACGUGAUUCGCGUGGCUGAGAGAAAGCUGCAGUGAUAUUAUUCAAAAGCAUCACUGCUGCAUCCAGACGGCGAAGUGAGGAUCGCGAGAGUCGCGAUCAGCGCCAUUCGUGGCAAUUAGUGUUGGUGCGGGAACGAUUAACAACAACAAGUGGUUUGUUUGACCGCCCGGUGUUUGUUGGUUGGAAGCCGGUUCGUUUCUGUGUAGAAGAGAAACAGAGAGUAAACAAAACUCGCUUUUGGUGUGUCGUGCCCGUCGCGUCGCCGGUUGGAUCGUAUACGAAGAGAGAAUUCCUUGAUAGCCAUGUACGGACGAUCGAGCAUAAAUUCCGUCGCUGGUGGUGGCGACGGCGGUGGCAGUGAUGGAGCCCGCGACAAGGGCGGCAGAGCCCAAAGCCCUGUCAGCAGCAGUAGUGGUGAUGGCUACGAUUCUUCGACGUCGUCGACUUCAUCAUCGUUAGUUGGAUCCGGACCGCGGUUAAGUCGAGACGUUCGUGGCAGUAUCUCUUCGUCUAAUCAAAACACCGGCAACGGUAGCAGUUGCACCUCCUCGUUUGACGGUCAAUUCUUUGGCCCCCGAAGUGUGGCGAAUCCGUCGGAGUCGUAUGAUCAUAACAUUUUAAAGAACCGGGCCAGUGUCCUCAGUCAACUGAGUAGCAUUUUCGGCCAGAGGGCCAUCAGCAGCAGAAGAAACAGUUUGGUGCAGCAACGGCAGAACCCUCAGGGUGCCCAGCCCCAGUACUACCAAGAGCUAACGGCCCAGCAGCAACCGCGCGAGUACGACGACCCGGAGGACGAGGAAGCGGAAAUGGAAGCGGAACGCGAACUGGCCGAGGAUGCCCAGUGGAAGCGGAUACAGCAGAACACCUUUACCCGCUGGGCCAACGAGCACCUCAAAAUCAUCGACAAGAACAUCGCCAGCCUGGAGUCCGAUCUCGCCGAUGGGCUUAAACUGAUCGCCCUGAUUGAGGUGCUGUCGCAGAAGCGCAUGAGCAAACACAACAAGCGGCCCACGUUCCGCAGCCAGAAGCUGGAGAAUGUGUCGGUGGCGCUGAAGUUUCUGCAGUGCGAGGGAAUCAAGAUCGUCAAUAUCGAUUCGUCGGACAUUGUCGACUGCAAGCUGAAGCUGAUCAUGGGUCUGAUAUGGACCCUGAUCUUGCACUACUCGAUCUCACUGCCAAUGUGGGAGGGCGACGACGGCGAGAAUCAAGCCAACGGAAACAACACAACCCCCAAGCAGCGACUGAUGAACUGGAUCCACCGGCUGGUGCCGGAUCUGCCGAUCAAUAAUUUCACCAACGAUUGGACCAGCGGCAAAGCCAUCGGUGCGCUGGUCGACGGAGUGGCACCGGGUCUGUGUCCCGAUUGGCCCCUUUGGGAUCCCAGAGAUGCCGUCCAGAAUGCAACCGAAGCCAUGGGUCUGGCCGAUGAUUGGCUUGAUGUCAGGCAGCUCAUCCGGCCCGAGGAAAUGGUCAAUCCGAACAUCGACGAACAGUCCAUGAUGACGUACCUUUCGCAGUAUCCGAAUGCUAAACUGAAGCAAGGGGCUCCUCUGCGGCCCAAAACCAACCCGAACAGUACUCCACCGCCGCGGGUUCGCGCGUACGGUCCUGGCAUCGAACCAACCGGGCCGGUUGUGGGAGCCCCAGCCAACUUCACCGUUGAAACGUUUUCCGCCGGCAAAGGAACCGUUGACGUGGCCGUCGUCAACCCGAACGGAAACUCCGAGAAGGUGGACUGCCGCUUCAACAACGACAAGAACCUCACCUAUUCGUGUUCGUACGUGCCGAAAAUCGAGGGCCAGCACAAGGUCUACGUCAAGUUCUGCGGCCGAGAUAUUCCCAAGAGCCCCUACGAGGUUUUGGUGGAUAGCCAAGCUGGUGAUCCGUCCAAGGUCACCGCCAGCGGCCCUGGCAUUCAACCUGACGGAGUCACCGUCAACAAGCAAACGUACUUCGAAAUUUCGACAAAGGAUGCCGGCAAGGGAGUUCCCGAAGUCAUUAUCCUCGAUCCUGCCAAUCACAAGACCUCAGUGGCGGCGAAACUUCGCCAGCUCGCACAGAACCAGUACCGCUGUGAGUACACCGCCAACCAGGUUGGACUACACUCGGUGAAUGUAUUCUACAAUGGACAACAGAUUAAGAACAGUCCAUUCGGAGUUAGGGUGGCCCCAGUUUGCGACCCCAAGAAGGUGCGAGCGAGUGGUCGUGGACUUCAGCCAGUUGGAGUACGAGUGAAUGACGACGAUUGUACUUUCCGUAUCUACACGGAGGGCGCAGGCGAAGGCAUCCCGGAAGUUAAGGUGUUCGGCCCUGGGGGUGUCGUUCCAGAGUACAGCAUCCGAAAGGUGGACGGUUCAACUUAUGAAGCUCAAUACAUUCCAUUGAAGGAGGGUCGCUAUAAGAUUCUGGUGCUGUUUGGCGGAGUGGAGAUUCCAAAAUCUCCCUUCGAAGUGAACGUUGGUCCGCAGAAGCAUACCGCAAUCGUUGCUUAUGGUCCGGGACUCAAAUCCGGCAUGGCCGGAAGCCCGGCAAGCUUCGUAGUGGAAACCAACGGUGAAACCGGUAAUCUAGGCUUCAGCAUAGCUGGACCCUCGCAAGCAGAGAUUGAAUGCCAUGACAACGGGGACGGUUCGGCUCUAGUCAAAUAUCACCCAACCGCUCCGGGCGAAUACGCUGUACAUAUUUUAUGCGACAACGAAGACAUCCCGAAGAGUCCUUACAUUGCCCACAUCUUGCCGAAGAUGGAUCACUUCCAUCCGGAGCUGGUAAAGGUGUCUGGACCUGGAAUCGAAAAGAACGGAAGCGUCAUUAUCAACAAGCCUACGGAAUUCACAGUGGACGCAACCAAGGCCGGAGAUGCUCCACUGGAGGUGAAGAUCAACGACGUGUUCGCCAAUACCAUUGAGCACAAGUUCAAGAAAAACGCGGAUGGAACUAAAAAGGUGCAAUAUACAGCCCCAACUGCUGAUCCCGUUACCGUCGAAGUGAACUUUGGAGGAGUCGCCAUCCCUGGAUCGCCAUUCCGUGUAAACGUGUCAACCCCGUUGGAUCCAUCCAAGGUUCAGUUCUUCGGACCCUGGCUAGAGUCCGGCAACCGACCUAACGCAGCUACUCACUUCAACGUCGACGCCAGAAACGCUGGCAACGGGCUACUGGAAGUCAAUCUCAUCCACGAAGAAACCAAGCAGAAAGUGCCAGUGCGCAUCAUCGAUAAUGAUGACAACACCUACGCCGUGGAAAUUAUUCCUCCAUUGGCUGGCACCUACACCACGAACCUGGUCUACGGUGGUCUCAACGUCCCGCUUGCUCCGAAAGUUUCCGUCAACCCGGCGGUUGAUGUCUCCAAGAUCAAAGUCGAUGGCUUGGAACCAACGGCACCGUUGAACAGUCUUCAACAGUUCCGAGUGAUUACGAAUGGCAUCGGCAAGGCCGACCUCGCCGUAACCAUCACCAGUCCGUCGGGGAAUCGCGUCAAAGCGCACGUCAUUCCCACAGCCGAAGGUUUCCUCGUCAAUUUCACUCCGACCCAGCUUGGAGAGUACCUUCUCAGUGUAAGUUUCGGUGGUACGCCGAUAACUCCCCAACCCUUCCGAUUGCAAUGUCUUGUUGGAUCCGACUCGCGUAAGGUUCAGGCCAGCGGGCCUGGUCUGGUUAAGGGCAUCAUCAACAGACCGGCGGAGUUCAUGAUCGAUACCAGAGGCGCCGGUCAGGGUGGACUUGGUGUUACCGUCGAAGGUCCCUGCGAAGCUGCCAUUAAUUGUAGGGAUAAUGGGGACGGGACGUGCAACGUGGCAUAUCUGCCUACGGAGAUCGGAGACUACACGAUCAACAUCACGUUUAACGACGACCACAUAGCCGGUUCUCCCUUCCAAGCGAUUAUCGUCCCUGAACCGAACUUAAGUCGCAUUAGGGUUUCCGGAAUCGGAAUCCAACCGCACGGUGUCAUCAUGAAUGCCCCGACCGACUUUAUGGUCGACAUGAGCAAGGUCGGAAAUGACGUGGACAAGAGCAAACUAUCGUGCAAUAUCUUCGAUCCACGGGGCAACGAAAUCCCGAGUAAGCUGGUCCCUUGUGACAAUAGCGACAUCUUCAAGAUUAUGUACACACCAUUUGAAGCGGGACGCCAUACCAUAGAUCUGCUGUACGACAAUGUGCCUGUUCCGGGAUCUCCGUUUGUCGUCAACGUUAAAUCCGGAUGCGAUCCAACCCGCUGUCGGGCGUACGGUCCUGGACUCGAACAUGCCUUGACCGAUCAGUCAGCCACUUUUACGGUAGAAACCCGUGGUGCUGGUGCGGGUGGUCUAUCACUCGCUAUUGAAGGACCUUCAGAAGCCAAAAUGAGUUGCACCGAUAAUCGUGAUGGAUCGUGCGAUGUGGAGUACGUUCCCACCGAGCCGGGAGAGUACGAUAUUACGAUUCGGUUCGCUGAAAAGCACAUCCCCGGAUCACCGUUCAAGGUUAUCGUCAACGAAGCGACCCGUCCCGAGAAGGUCAAGGUUUACGGCCCUGGAAUUGAACACGGACAAGUGUACGACGGAGUUCCGGCUGAGUUCUACAUCGAUUGUGGCCAGGCUGGACCAGGUGCGGUCGCUGUCAAACUGACUUCUUCCGACGGAAACCCAAUAAAGGUUCACGUCGAGGACAAGGGUGACGGUGUCUAUGCUGUUUCGUACAGUCCACCAAAGGAAGGUUCAGUGCUUACGGCUCAGGUUCGCUUUGCCGAGCAGGACGUCAGCUGCAGUCCGUUCGUCAUGACCGUCCAGCCUGCUCCCGCAGUUUCCUCUCCCGCCAAAGUCUACGGAGACGCUGCGACCAAAAAGAACCUUCCGGCAUCGUUGCCAGCCAAGUUCCAAAUUGACGCACCGAAAAAGGGCACCUCCGGAGCUUCCGGCAAGGAGGACAUCAACGUUAGUAUUAAGGGUCCCGACGGUAAGCCGCUCGUGCCGAAGAUGGAGCAGGUUGAGGACGGCACCUAUGCUGUGACGUUCGUUCCGGAUGAGUGCGGACCCUACAAUGUCAGUAUUAAGUGCGGAGGAAAGGACGUGGUGGGAUCGCCCUUCCUGUUGCAGGCCAUACCCACUGGGGAGGCAGAGAAAGUAAAACUAUUGGAGGCUAUUCCGACCAACCAGGAGUACGGCAAGAAGAAUCACGUGGCCGUUGAUGCGCGUGAGGCCGGAACCGGUGCAGUUACAUGCAAAAUUGUAUCCCACUCGGAAGCAGGGGAAGUCGACCUGGAGGUGAUCGAGAAGGACGGCUUCUUCGACAUAUUCUACACCCUGAAGGACCCGGGCGACUACGACCUGGACAUCAAAUUCGGCGGCCAGCACAUCCCCAACGGCACCUUCACCAUCAAGGCUGUUGAGAACGUCGAGCAGCAGGUGACGAGCACCACCAGCAGCACCACCAAAUCUUCAUCGGCUACCGUAUCGGAGAACCAGCAGAUCUACCAGCACCAGGAAUCGUAUGUAGAACAGGUCUCAUCAGUAUCAAAAUCCAAACUAAUCCAUCAGCAGACGGCGUGCGAAGAAUUCCUGGUUCGCGAACGCCAACUGGUUAACGGCAAGUACGAAAACGGCUUGAGUAACGGUCACCACACCACCAACGGUAAUCACGUGCAUUCGUCCUCGUCGACGACCUCGGUAAACGCCACCAACAACAGUAGCAGCAGUGUUAGCAAAACUAGUUCUUCGGCAGUACAGGAAACCUGCACCACUACCAGCCACCACAGCAGCAGCGCCGUCAGUAGCAGUGGUGCCAAUCGGUUGCGAGACUUCAAGCUCGAACGGUUGAAUCUUCCCCAGACCGGUGGUGCAGUGAGCGCCGAAGUCAAGAUGCCCAGCGGAGAAGUAGACAAGCCCGUCAUCGAUGACAACCACGACGGAACCGUGUCGAUCCGGUACGACCCGAAGGAGGAAGGCAUCCACGAGCUGGCCGUCAAGUACAAUGGCGAACACGUCCAGGGUUCUCCCUUCAAGUUCCACGUCGAUUCCAUCUCCAGCGGUUACGUGACGGCGUACGGUCCCGGGCUGACCCAUGGCGUCACCGGUGAACCCGCUCAGUUCACCAUCUCCACCAAGGGUGCCGGUGCCGGCGGUCUGCAGAUGGCCGUAGAAGGUCCCAGCAAGGCAGAUCAGAUCACCUACCACGACAACAAAGACGGAACCGUUUCGGUAUCCUACCUGCCAACAGCCCCCGGCGAGUACAAGAUCACCGUCCGCUUCGGUGACAAGCACAUCAAGGGUUCGCCGUACUUCGCCAAAAUCACUGGCGAAGGUCGUAAGCGUAACCAAAUCUCUGUCGGCUCCUGCUCGGAAGUCACCCUGCCCGGUGUGAUUUCCGAUCAGGAUCUGCGUUCGCUCAACGCUUCCAUCCAGGCACCUUCGGGACUGGAGGAGCCGUGCUUCCUGAAGCGCAUGCCCACCGGCAACAUUGGUAUCUCGUUCACGCCUCGUGAAAUUGGAGAACACACCGUGUCGGUCAAGCGACUCGGAAAGCACAUCGCCAACUCGCCUUUCAAGGUGAAUGUGAGCGAAAGGGAAGUCGGUGAUGCCAAGAAGGUUAUCGUCACCGGAAGUACUCUGCAGGAAGGUAAAACGCAUACCGAAAAUGUCUUCUCCGUGGAUACCCGAAACGCUGGCUACGGUGGUUUGUCGCUGUCUAUUGAAGGACCUAGCAAGGCCGAAAUUCAGUACACCGACAAGGACGACGGCACCCUCAACAUCUCCUACAAACCAAGUGAACCGGGCUACUACAUUGUCAAUCUGAAGUUCGCCGAUCACCACGUCAAUGGAUCGCCAUUCACCGUCAAGGUGUCCGGUGAAGGCACCAACCGACAACGUGAGAAGAUUCAACGGCAACGCGAAGCAGUUCCCGUCACCGAAGUUGGCAGUCAAUGCAAGCUCACAUUCAAGAUGCCAGGAAUCACCUCGUUCGAUCUUUCCGCCACUGUCACUUCACCCGGCGGCGUCUCCGAGGAUGCCGAAAUUCAGGAAAUCGAAGAUGGCCUCUACGCGGUACACUUCGUGCCAAAGGAGCUCGGCGUGCACACCGUUUCAGUCAAGUACAAGCAGAUCCAUAUUCCUGGAUCUCCAUUCCAGUUCACCGUCGGUCCGCUGAAGGAUACCGGUGCCCAUUUGGUGAAGGCCGGUGGACCAGGUCUGGAGCACGGCGAACAGGGAGUGCCGUGCGAGUUCAACGUGUGGACCCGCGAAGCCGGUGGCGGCACCCUUGCCAUCUCCGUCGAAGGCCCCAGCAAAGCCGAUAUCGAGUUCAAGGACCGGAAGGACGGCUCGUGCGAUGUUUCGUACGUCGUCAGCGAACCAGGUGACUACCGCAUCGGUCUGAAGUUCAAUGAUCGCCAUAUUCCGGACUCGCCGUUCAAGGUAUACGUGGCGCCAGCCAUGGGCGAAGCCCAUAAGUUGGAAAUCGCCCAGUUCCCAAGUGGCCCAGUGCAAGCUGACAAACCCGCGCAGUUCAUGGUGCGGAAGAACGGUGCCAAGGGAGAUCUAGAUGCUAAGGUUGUUGCCCCGUCGAACAACGAGGACGAUUGCUUCAUCCAGCUGAUCGACCAGGACCAAUACUCGGUACGAUUCUAUCCCCGCGAAAACGGAAUCCACGCCAUCCACGUGAAGUUCAACGGAGUGCACAUUCCCGGAUCGCCGUACCGCAUCAAGGUCGGCAAGGACGAUGUCGACCCGGCGGCGGUGCACGCUUCCGGUAAGGGUCUGGGCGAUGUCAAGACCGGCGAGAAAACCGACCUCAUCAUCGAUACCUGCAACGCUGGCGCUGGAACCAUGGCCGUAACCAUCGAUGGACCCUCGAAGGUAGCAAUGGACUGUACCGAGGUCGAGGAAGGCUACAAAGUGCGAUACACGCCGCUGCUAGCGGGCCACUACUACAUGACCAUCAAGUACAACCAGAUGCACAUCGUCGGAUCGCCGUUCAAGAUCAACUGCACAGGUGAAAAACUAGCGGAAGAAGGAGGUCAGGAAACGUCUUCGGUCGUAGUGGAAACGGUAGCCAAGGUAUCGAAGGGCGGCAACCGAGCCGGAGUCAUCCUACCCAUUUUCAAAUCGGACGCAACCAAAAUCCAAUCCAAGGGCAUGGGACUUAAGAAGGCAUACCUAGGCAAACAGAACCAGUUCACGUUGAACGCUGGAGAUGCAGGAAACAACAUCCUAUUCGUGGGUAUCUACGGACCAAAGGGCCCCUGCGAUGAAGUGUUCAUCAAGCACACCGGCCGCAACCAGUACCAGGUAAACUAUUUGGUCCGCGAGCGUGGCGACUACAUUCUGCUGGUGAAAUGGGGCGACGACCAUAUUCCCGGUUCCCCCUUCAAAGUCGAAGUGUAAUCCUCCCACUCUGGUCACACCGGAGCAACGUCAUCGCCAACGCCACGCCAUCGUCAUCGUCGUCCUUCCCCAGCCCCUGUCACCAUUUCAGAGAAAUGCGUCGUUGUGUGUGCGCGCGUUAUUAGUGCCUUUUCCCACAAAACACCACUUUAAACACUUUUACUUUUUAGGAAAAACCUUACCGAGAUCGGUUGAGAUCUCGGUAUCCGCCAUUUUUUUAUAAAUCUCGGUUGAAAGCCAACCACUUUUAACUACAUACUUAGGUCAAACCGUACGAGAGGGCCAGUCAGUUUCAUUUUAAGGUUCUCCACACUUGGGACAAGAAAAGUACAUUACGUUUUGUUCACGAAAGACAUGAUCGAAACACAGAACCAACAUCUCAACGUGCUGCAUUCGACCAACACUCGGUGCACUAAUACUUGUUUUUAGAUAGGGAAGUUCACAACCAGGCGGGACCUAUUACAGAGUUGUAACAGUCCGGCAAAACUACUACUUUACAAGAAAAAAAAAACAGUUUUCUCAGACAAACUAGCACGGGCCACCAAUUAACGAUACGAGACAAAGACAGAUACGCCUUUGAACACCCCAAUCAAAUGAGAUCGUAAAAUUCAUACGCAGCUAAACGACAGCAGGAAGCAAAGCGAGAAAGAAAGAGUAAACAUAUUAAUGUUAUUCUAGUUAUUAUUAUCAAUUUACGAUAAUGUUCGAUUAAGUUUAUUUUUCCAUGUCUUUUUAUGAUUUUAUUUCAUUGUUCUCGAUUGUUUUAAGUACAGCAUCACUAUUAUUUUCGCAUGUCCAUAUCUUUUAAUGUUUACAUUUUGUCUCAAAAAAUCUGUUCCCAUAUAUUUUAUCUAUAUGUUUACUUUACGUUGAAUCAUGUUUAAGAGCCAAGAAAGAAGAAAUAGUAGAUAUCAUCAUUAUUUAUUAUUUCUUUCGAAAGAAAAUCAUUUUAAAAAAUAUCGAAUAAACGUUUAAUAAUA